UUACUAAGCAACAGAGAACGCUAUCUGCUCCAGCUGAGCCAACUUUCAAAAUAGCUGCCUACCUAGGCUAAUUAGUAAGUAAAAAUAUCCCCAAAGUAUUCUCAUGCCAAACAAUUUAAUCCAAAAUGUCUUCUACUUCGACCAUUUCCAAUUUGCAAGAUAUCGGGAAGCAAACAUCGCCCCAGUAUUCCUCUGGGUCACCCAUUUGCUACCCUCAUGAGUCAGUGACACAGGAGACCACUGAUGCGCAACCAUUUCCUGCUGCGGUUCAUCAGCCGUGUGCAGACACGUUUUCAACCUCCGAGGAAGAGAAGGAGGAGAAGACAAUGGAGAAACACGAUGGUGUGUUGACUGAAGAGGAAGUUUCCAGCUGUUUAUCCAACCUGGGACACUCUGCCACAGGACUAGAGCAUGUCUACCAGUUCCUCUCUGCACCCGGUCGAAAUCUGAAUAAUGUCUCCAUCCUUUGCAAUUACGUCCACCUUCAAAAGCUAGAACUUCCUUACAACAAAAUAAAAGAUGUAUCCUGUGUCAGCCACAUGCCGUAUCUCAUCAUCCUGGAUGCCUCCCACAACCAACUCACCGACUUCUUUGGAUUCCAGCCACCCAGGAACCUCAAGGAGGUUAACUUUUCCCAUAACCAGAUGUCAGUGAUGACACAUUUGUCAGCCUACUCGUCUUUGAGUAAACUGAAUCUGGACUACAACUGUUUCACUGAGAUCGGUGGUCUGCUGCAUUGUGCCAGCCUCACACACCUCAGCCUGGCACACAACAAGAUCUCCUGUAUCAGUGGCCUGGACAACCUGCCAAUCAAAGACCUCUGUCUGAGGGGGAAUCAGAUUGAGAAGAUAGAGAAUUUGGAGACUCUGAGAACCCUGCAGGUCCUGGAUCUGUCUCUGAACCGCAUCAGCAGUCUGUCAGGCCUGCAGAAUCUCCAUCUGCUGGGCUCCAUCAACCUGGAGAGUAACCUGAUCAGUGAAAUCAAGGAGGCUACACACAUCCAUGACCUGUGCCUGCUCCGGGAGCUGAAUCUGCAGAGAAACCUAGUCCAGGAGCAACUGGACUACAGACUGGCAGUGAUCUUCCUCCUUCAACACCUGACUGGCCUGGACCAGGAGAAAGUCACAGUAGAGGAGAAGGUGUCUGCUGUGAACAAGUACGACCCUCCUCUGGAGGUGGUGGCAGCCAGGGAACACAUGAGUCACAUGGUAUACCAGCUGAUGCAGCCCCAGGUCAUCUACGAUAGCACCCUGCCCAGUCUUGACUCUCCCUACCCCAUGCUGGUGUUGACUGGACCCCAGGCUUGUGGGAAGAGAGAGCUGGCCCACAAGCUCUGCCGAGAGUUCAACGACUUCUUCGCCUACGGAACCUGCCAUACCACCAGGGGUCCCUACUUUGGGGAAGAGGACGGGAGCGACUACCAUUUUGUCACGGAGGAAGACUUUCAGAACAUGAUUCACAUGGGUAAAUUCCUCCAGACGAUGCAGUAUGCGGGCCACUGGUAUGGUCUGUCUCGUGAGGCCAUAGAAGACGUGGCCAGGGAGGGCCUGGCCUGCUGUGUGCACAUGGAGCUGGAGGGUGUGUUCAGUCUGAAGAACAGCCACUUUGAGCCACGUUACGUCCUGAUGAUCCCCACAGACAAGGAGCAGUACAGCAGGCGGCUGAGGACCAGAGCUCUGUACACCCAGACCCAGAUAGAUACGGCUGUAGCCCGCGUGGAUACAUACGCCCUGAUCAACAGAGAGCGCCCAGGCUUCUUUGACAACGUCAUCCCCUGUGAUGAGCCAGUGGAGGCAUACAGAACCCUGAGGCAGGUGGUGAAGGACUAUCUGGGAGUGGACGAGCAGGGAGGAGAGGACCAGAGCACCCCCACAGCAUCUGUGACAGAGUUGAAGAGGGACUCUCUAGUGGACGAGGCGCCCCCAGCCCCCUCCACCAGAACAGAGGCAGUCUUUAUGUCCUGCUCCGCUCCAGACAUGGACCCCUCAGACCACAACUGUAGGAAGUACUACAACAAGGUCCAGGCCCAGCUCACCCCACAGAAGACCUCAGCAGAGAUGGCCUCCAUCCACAGACGGCAGCAGCUGGUCAGAGAGGCUCUGAUGGGGAAGAGUCCCAGAGCCUACACCCAGCUCUUCAAGAGGUGUGCUCACACAGCUCCAUCAUCAUUGGCCUCUCAGAUGCAGCGGGACCCCACCCUCUCAUCCCCCAUGAUGCCUAGAGCCAGCCAUGACAGACAACACAACCACUCAGAGAAUAGCAGCUCUGAUGACUCCCGUGCUAGUUCUGGCCUGUCCAUUCCCAGCUCAGCAGGGGCCUUCUCAGAGACAGCAGGGCCAGCCGGGUGUUCAGACCUGGGCUUGGACACCACCGUGGAGCCCCUGGAUGUCUCCUCUCUGGGACACAACCUGGACAUGCUGAAAGAUCAAGUAGAAUCUGGCCACACUCCUGACGCCCCUCGCCCCGGCUCCGAGCUCCUUUCUCCGGGCGCCACCACCACCAUGGCACGCCCAGGCUCCAACGCCAAACCCAUCCUGCCACCUAUCCUGUCGGGACGCAAAACCCCCGGACCCAGCCCUAAGCCCCAAACCCUGAGACAGGAGAGAGAGGGAGAUGAGGAGUGAAUAGGUACAGGAGAGAGGCAGAGGAGGAGUGAAGAGGUACAGGAGAGAGGAAGAGGUACAGGAGAGAGGCAGAGGAGGAGUGAAGAGGUACAG